AUGGCAAAGAUCUUGUGUGAGAAAGAACAGGAGUCAGCAGCACAGAUGAAAAAUGGAAAAGAAUCCAAAUGCCAAGAAGAUGAAGAUGCUGAGCUUAUCUUUGCUGGGGUAGAACAUGAAAGUGUAGAUGCUGACAUUCUGUUUGUCAAGGUGAUUUCAAAUGCAAAAGUCAUCAAUUCAAAGAUUUUGAACAGAAUUACCCCAGGCUCAUGUUCAAGAAGAAAGAAAAACCACAUGAGUCAAGAGACUGCUCAUGCAUUAAAAUCUGCAAAUCCUAUGACUCCAACAUCAAAAGCAGUUGUCCAAUUGUCAGUCUCUGACCCUGAAUUAAGAUCAACAGAUACUUCUGUCAUCAUGGAGCAUUCAUCUCAACCUGGUUGUAAGAGGAGACUACUACAAGUCAUGCCCCAUAAUUCCUCAGAUUUGCCCUCACUGUGGACUUGGCAUGUAGUUGGAACUGCUCUUUAUGUAGGAGACAAGGAUGAAAGUCCUCACAAUUCAAAGCAAAUUUCCCCUUCUGAUGUGAACAGUGGAAACCCCAAAAGGCCUAAAGUCAGUGAUGGAAUCCCAUGGGAGCAUUCUUCAGAUACUCUUUCAGGUGUCUUUCCUGCAGUGAAUGCUGGCACACCCUCAAAAGGUGUUCCUACUUCCUUGAACCAUGAUCAGAAUGGAAUGUUGGUUCCAUGGCCAUGUGCAAAUGACAAGACACAGUUGGAUCUUAUGAUUCCGCACAUAGGAAAUAGCUUUGAAGGACUGGCAAAAACAGGCUUGAAAAGCCUAACCAGCCAGAACAAGACUGUGGAUUCCAGGAAAGGAAAUAUGAUCAUGCUACUUCAUGACUUUUACUAUGGACAGCAUAAAGGAGAUGGGCAGCUGGAACAGAAGACUCACACAAACUUUAAAUGCCUCAGCUGCUUGAAAGUUCUAAAAAAUGUUAAGUUUAUGAAGCACAUGAAGCACCAUUUGGAACUUGAGAAGCAGAGGGGUGACAGCUGGGAGAGCCACACCACCUGCCAGCACUGCCACCGGCAGUUUCCCACUCCCUUCCAGCUUCAGUGUCACAUUGAAAGUGUGCACAUCCCCCAGGAACCCUCCUCUGUUUGUAAAAUCUGUGAAUUGUCAUUUGAAACAGAUCAGAUUCUCUUACAACACAUGAAGGACAAUCAUAAAGUUGGUGAAAUGCCUUAUGUUUGCAAGGUUUGCAAUUACAGGUCAUCAUGCUUUGCUGAUGUGGAAAUGCAUUUUAGAGUCUGCCAUGAAAACACUAAGAAUUUGCUGUGUCCAUUUUGUCUGAAAAUUUUCAGAACAGCAACAUCAUAUGUGAAUCAUUUUUGGCAGCAUUGGAAUAAGACAGUCUUUCCAUGUACCCAGUGCUGGCUACAGUUUUUGACUCUGAAGGAGAAAAUGGAGCACAGAACCAAGGAUCAUCAAACAUUUAAAAAGCCAGAGCAACUGGAAGGGUUGCCACCUGAAACAGAGGUUAUUAUUCAAAUUUCAGUUCAGCCAGGAUCAAGAGACACAGCAUCCAUUAUUGUCAGCAUCAGUCAUAUAACUGACCCUAGGUUGUCACCUGCUAGAACCUAACAGAGAAUGGCCAUAGGGACUCGGGUCUUCGCCCUCUCCGGUUCCUGA